AUAACCUUCAUUCAAGUACAAGAGUUAGGACCAGUUUUCAUCUAAGUUAGCAAAAUCUAAAAAAGAGUAUCAUAGUGUGUGGAAGAAUGGAGAGGGAAGAAGAUGUGAAAAUUGGAGCAAACAAAUUCUCAGAAAAGAGUGCAUUAGGCAUAGGAGCUAAAAGUGACAGCAAAGACUACAAAGAAGCACCAGCAGCACCAUUGUUUGAGCCAGGGGAGUUGAAGUCAUGGUCUUUCUAUAGAGCUGGAAUUGCUGAGUUUGUUGCCACAUUCUUGUUUCUUUACAUCAGUGUUUUAACUGUGAUGGGUGUUAACAGGUCAACUUCUAAGUGUGCCUCUGUUGGUAUUCAAGGUAUUGCUUGGGCUUUUGGUGGUAUGAUCUUUGCCCUUGUUUACUGCACUGCUGGAAUUUCAGGUGGGCACAUAAAUCCAGCUGUGACCUUUGGUCUAUUUUUGGCUAGGAAACUGUCCUUAACAAGGGCAGUAUUCUACAUAAUAAUGCAGUGUCUUGGAGCUAUCUGUGGUGCUGGUGUGGUGAAGGGUUUUGAAGGUAAUGCACGUUAUGAGAUGUACAAAGGUGGAGCAAAUGUUGUGAAUCCUGGAUACACCAAGGGUGAUGGUCUUGGAGCUGAGAUUGUUGGCACUUUUGUUCUUGUCUACACUGUCUUCUCCGCCACCGAUGCCAAAAGAAACGCCAGAGACUCUCACGUUCCGAUUUUGGCCCCACUUCCAAUUGGGUUUGCAGUGUUCUUGGUUCACUUGGCAACUAUUCCCAUAACAGGAACAGGCAUUAACCCAGCAAGGAGUCUUGGUGCUGCCAUAAUAUACAACAGAGAGCAUGCUUGGGAUGACCAGUGGAUAUUCUGGGUUGGACCUUUCAUUGGAGCUGCACUUGCUGCUUUAUAUCACCAGAUUAUCAUACGAGCUAUUCCUUUCAAGGCAAGGGGUUAAUGUUAAUCCAUCAUUCAUCACCAUGUCUGCUUCUUGGUUUUCAAUUAUCUAUUUGGUGUCUGUCUUCUUCUCUAUUUGACCAAAUCAUGUGUGUUUUUGUAAAUUAAAUUAUGGCUUACUAUAUAGUCUAUAAGCUACUACUUAAUGUUGGUGAACUCAACACGUUGAUUUGUGGAGAUUCUUUCAUGUUGUUAUUGUUAUUAUUAUUAUGCUUUACAUUACAUA